CGACAGCCCCAGCCCCACCAACCGUCACGGUCACGGUGGCCCCGACAACGGCAAAGGUCAUGGUCAUGGAGGCUGCACCGGCAACGGCCAUGGCGGCGGUAACGGUGGGGCAAGGGCGGUGACCGGCGGCAACGGGCCACGGAAAACCCAAUGGCCAAUAUCAAAAAGGUUGACUGUGCGCUACUAGCACCAUGUGGAAAGACCCUUUGGAACAAGACAGGGUGUGCACAUUAUGCCAGUAUUAUCUGGGGUAAUGCAGACUCCACACAACCAGAUCAAGAUUUGGAUCCACUGCAGUAUGGAUGGAAGGAUGAAAAUGGACAUUACAUGCUCGACUGGUUUCCUGGACCUGCAGUACUAGACCAUCUCUUUGAAGAUGUUUCUGUGAGUGACAAUACUGAAGAUGACGGACACACCGAGGACACAGAAGAUACCUCUUGACAUUGAUGACACAGGUUCUGGACCAGAAUGGAGCGAUGACUCGAACAAUGAAAAUGAGAUGUGAAACAUGCCCUGCUGUCUGUGGGGGUACACUUCUUAAUUAAUGGGCAGUACAUUGUAUUAAUAGCAGUGCCCUGAACUCAACCGUGCAAAAGUACAGUGUUGAACCAAAUCUUGCUAUUUCUGGUUAAGGUGGCUUGCCAUCAGCCACCCGAGCCUCUUAGACCCAAGGCAGCGGAUAACUGUUCUGUCAUAGAUCAUUUUAUAACCCCCAUGGUGUGAUAGAUCAUUUAAACUUGGUUUUAGCUGGUACCCACAAUAUCUAGGCUAGUGUGGUGGCUCCCAAGUGUCGGGCCAUUUCCACUAUCGAACCCCUCGGCAUGGGAAUGGAUGAGUCUGGGGGCGGCCCAUAGCUACAGGGAUAAAGGGCAGGGGUUUAGGUGCAAUCUCCCUGUUGCAGACUUGUCUAGUCAGGAGAAUGACAACGAAUAAAAUACCUCCCGAAACACCUGGCCUUUCGCCUUCAUUUCGGGAUUAUCGUCGCACUACAUUGGUGACCCCGACGCUCCAUUGCUGUCAUAAUGGAGUCAAAGGACAGAGCCGCCCGUCCGUCCACCUUACAGGCCGACUGGGCCCUGUUUCUCGACGCGGUCUCUGUUAAAUUACCUACCUUCUGGACUGCCGGGCCUCGCGUCUGGUUUCAGCAGGCGGAGGCCCAAUUCCAGCUGCGGGGCAUUACAGCAGAUGGCACCCGCUACUACUGCCUGGUGGGGGCCCUCGACCAGGUCAUGGCCAGAGAGGUCACACAAUUCCUCGCAGACCCUCCAGCCACUGACAAAUACCUCGGCCUUAAGGAGCUCCUGCUCCAGAUUUAUGGGCUCAGCAGGAUGGAGCGUGCUGCCAGACUCCUUCAUAUGGAGGGCCUAGGCGACCGGCGGCCAUCAAGGCAGACGCCGUGCCUAAUGCACUUACCUGCAUCUGCGGCUGGCCUACAUCCGCCUGCAACUCACCGACGCCUCCUUCGCAGACAUCGGGGGCCCUCAGUAGGUGCGCCGACGAGCUGUGGAUGGCGCGCCCGGAUGACGCCAGCACGCUGGCCGUCACUCCGUCACCACCCGAUUUCCUCCGGUGGGACGGUGGAGCUGUGUGGAAGGAGUGACAGCUGCGCCAAGGAGGCCUGUGCAAUCGCCCCCCCCCCCCCCCCCCCCGCGGCCGUGGCGGGUACCACACCUGCAGUCCAGCACCAGCAGGCUCCAAAUGCCACCAACAGGAGGCGCUAG